CUUACAUACAUAAUUGACACCACACAACGCUACUUACAUACACCACCAACAUGACGACCAGAAGAAAUGUCGGCGAAGGCAAGUCCUCCCUUGAGUACGAUGGGAAGAGUGCACCAGGACCAUCAAACAUUUCACCGGCGGUGCCAACGUCCGUUAUUUGGAAAUUGAUGAGUUUCACUUUUGCCAUGAUCACUUUGCCCAUUGGCACCUACUUCUUUACCGUCAACUUCGUCUUUCAGGGCAACGCAACAUACGCCGGUGGUCUUGCAGCACUCAUGGCGAAUGUUGUAUUGAUUGCAUACAUCGUUAUGGCGUUUAGGGACGACCAAGAGGAAAUGCGGGAAGAGGCAGAGAAGUCGAAGAAGACAAUGUAGCAUCUUGUUGUUUGCUUUGAGCAAUAGGGAGGCGCUAAGCGGCAAACCAUCAACGUCGAGUUUUCUGCGCCGAGUUUCGUUUUGGACUUUCAACAUCUUUGUUUGCAAUUCCAUGUUUAGUUCCAAUCUUGGGCAAUUGAUCUCAAGAGGAGUAACCUGUUAGUUCCAAAGAAAAUAAAAGUCUUGGCGCGUAGUGCAGCUGUCUCAAAUCGUAGCUAUUUGAUAUGAGAUUCGAUGGCCAAACAGAGCUCCUGGAG